CCGGAAGUGGCGGUGUUUGGCGGCCCGGAGCUCGCGGCGCCGGCUGUCGCCAUGGCCACCAGCCGCUCCGAGGACGAGGAGUCGCUGGCGGGGCCCAAGCGGGGCCCGGCCACCCCCGCGGGGACUGUCCCCAAACGGCGGAGCUCCUCCAGGUUCAUCAAGAGGAGGAAGUUCGAUGAUGAGCUGGUGGAGAGCAGCCUGGCCAAGUCCUCCCGGGCCAAGGGGGGUCCCGAGCCCCCCCCCCGACCCGGGGGCACGGGGGGCACGGCAGGGGGAGGGGCGGCUGGAGACCCCUCCCCUGGGGAGAGGAGAAAGGUGUCGCGGGCCGUGCCCCCCCCGGCCCCCCCCGGGCCCGGCCCCCCCCCGGCGCUGCCCAAGCGGCUCAAGAAGAGCAAACCCAGCCCCGCCCCCCGCGACCUGGGCCGGUGGAAACCUGCUGAUGAUCUGCUGCUCAUCAACGCUGUGCUGCAGACCAACGACCUGACCUCGGUGCACCUGGGGGUGAAGUUCAGCUGCCGCUUCACCCUGCGGGAGAUCCAGGAGCGCUGGUACUCGCUGCUCUACGACCCCGUCAUCUGCAAGCUGUCCUGCCAGGCCAUGCGCCAGCUGCACCCCGAGGCCGUUGCCGCCAUCCAGAGCAAGGUUCUGUUCAGCAAGGCCGAGGAGCAGCUGCUGACCCGCGUGCCCUCGAGCCCUGUCCCCUCGCUGGACACCUUCCAGGAGCUGCUGCAGCGCCACCCCGCCGUGUUUUACCCUGCCAGGACCCCCAAGGCCCUGCAGCUGCACUGGCAGCUGCUGCGCCAGUACCACCUGCUGCAGGACCAGACAGUGCAGCCCCUCCCCAAGGGGGAUCAGGUUCUGAACUUCUCUGACGCCGAGGAGCUGCUGGACGAUGGCAAACUCAGGGACGUGCGGGACGAGGUGCUGGAGCACGAGCUGACCGUGGCUGACCGGCGGCAGAAGCGCGAGAUCCGGCAGCUGGAGCAGGAGCUGCAGCGCUGGCAGGUGCUGGUGGAUUCCAUCACAGGGAUGAGCUCCCCUGAUUUCGACAGUCAGACUCUGGCCGUGCUGCGGGGGCGGAUGGUUCGCUACCUGAUGCGCUCCCGGGAGAUCACCCUGGGCAGAGCCACCAAGGACAACCAGAUCGACGUGGACCUGGCGCUGGAGGGGCCGGCCUGGAAGAUCUCCCGCAAGCAGGGGGUGAUCAAGCUGAAGAACAACGGCGAUUUCUUCAUCGCCAACGAGGGCCGGCGGCCGAUUUACAUCGAUGGGCGCCCGGUGCUGGGCGGCAACAAAUGGAAACUCAACAACAACUCCGUGGUGGAGAUCGCCAGCCUGCGUUUCGUGUUCCUGAUCAACCAGGAGCUGAUCGCGCUGAUCCGCAGCGAGGCCGCGCGCCUCGGCCACCAGUGACACCAGUGACACCAGUAUGGGACACCAGUGACACCAGUAUGGGACUGGGAUUGUCCCAGUGCUCCCAGUUUGGCACUGGGACCCCCCUCGCCCCCACUGAGGGAUGAAUUUCCUUGGAAUUACCCCAAAUUUCUGCCCCCAUCCCAAAGUUUUAGGAUUCUCCCCCCGUCCCCAAAUCCUUCCCCAGAAUUUCUGGAUUUUAAAGCUCCAAAGUUUUUUAUUGGAUUUGCUCUCAAGUUUUCGUUCAUGGAAGGGGGAAAAAAAAAUUCCCAAAAAAAUCAAAUUUGGGGAAAAGAUGGAAAAAAAAAAGGGGGAAUUGGGAAAAUUGGGGAACUCCCCCAUUGUCCCAAAAAUUUCCAAAAAUUUGGGGCCGGGAUUGGGGUUUUGGGAAGGGGAAGGGAGGAGGAAAUUCCUGAAAUAAAUUCCAGAGAAAAUCAAAAAAA